UCAGGGAAGUUAUUUCUGUUUCUCCCAGCUCUGCCUCGCAGAUGGCUUGAUUUUUCACUCCAUUCUGAUUCUUUCCCCUGUAAAAUUAACCCGGGGGAUUCCUCCCACUUUUCAGUGAACUCGCCUCUUAAAUUUUAUUUUCCAACGCCAGAAGGAGGGGUUUCGGCGGAACGCGAACUGCUUGUGGUGGGGCAAAGACCCGAAGCUUAUCUCCAUCCCCUCAGCUGGCUGUGAAUGAUCGCUUCAUUAUCUCUCUGUGAGUAAUCCCAACGAAGAAUAAAACGAGGUUUCGCUCGAAAUGUUGGAUGUCAAUCUCACUGGCCUUGUCUUUAAAAGAAGAGUAAUUUCGCCUCAAAAGACUUAAGUUGGCGUCUUUCAUGUAGAAAAUCCCUCUGUUAUUUUUUUGAACAAGAAAUUUGAUCCUCCCCUCACACACACAGAGUUUGUAACUGCUGAGAUGGGGGGGAGGAGGAGGAAGUCUCUUCAUGGUACAGAGCACCCGGAAUAGGAGCAGUGUUUGUGCAGUCGCUCACUGUGUCACAUUGUCAUCGGGCAAAUGCAACCACCCAGUGGAUUCGAAGCUGGUAGAGGGAGUGCGAGAGACUGCCGCUCGGUCCAAUGGACCGACUGAAGAGUUACACUGGGAAUGUAAGAGUGGAGAAUGGAGAUGGGGGGGGAGAGCUCUGAGCUGUUGUGCCGAGGGGCAACCAACGACUAAUCGCCGCGAUGGAGAUGGACGGGAGGCGUGUGAUGUGCUAGAUCAGUCCCAAGGAAUGCGCUAUCUCGGAAGCCAGAUUGGGUUUCGCGGUGUGAGUUGAAGGGAACGGGGACGUGACCCUGGCCCCCGCUCAAAGUUCUGGCCUGUCGACCGAGACAAACUUCAAUCAUCCCCAAUGGUAUAGUUCCAAAGUGAGGAACUCUUCAUCAACAACGGGAAAAAUGCCUGUUAUGAAAGGCUUGUUAGCGCCUCAGAAUACCUUCUUAGACACCAUAGCAACGCGGUUUGAUGGAACACACAGCAAUUUUAUCCUCGCAAAUGCUCAGGUGUACCGCGGCUUUCCCAUUGUGUACUGCUCAGAUGGAUUCUGCGACCUUACUGGCUAUGCUCGCACUGAAGUCAUGCAGAAGAAUUGUGGGUGCCGAUUCCUGCAUGGAGCAGAGACUAAUGACCAGGUUUUUGUGCAGAUUGAAAAAGCACUUGACAGCAAGCAAGAGUUUCAGGGAGAAGUGCAAUUCUACAAGAAAUCAGGCACUGCAUUUUGGUGUCUGCUUGACAUUGUACCCAUUAAAAAUGAGAAGGGGGAGGUUGUACUGUUCCUGGUUUCCUUUAAGGAUGUCACCGAUACCCGAGGCAUUAACCACCCAGGAGAUGGGAAAGAAGAAGGAAAGCGGAAGAACAAAAAGAGUAGUGGGUCCCAUUUUAGUGUUGCACGUAAACAGGGCAGAACUGUCCUCUACCAUCUGACCAGCCACCUUCAGAAACGUGACAAAAAUAAAGUCACGUUGAACAACAACAUGUUUGAGAAUAAGUCCUCUCUCCCGGAAUAUAAAGUGGCGUCCAUCCAGAAAUCCCGCUUCAUCCUCAUGCACUACAGCAUGUUCAAAGCUGGGUGGGACUGGCUCAUCUUACUGGCUACGUUUUAUGUUGCUGUGACUGUCCCAUACAACGUUUGUUUCACGGAAAGUGAUGACAGCUCCACUGCUUCACGCAGCACCACCGUCAGUGACAUCGCUGUGGAAAUGCUUUUCAUUUUCGAUAUAAUCCUGAACUUUCGUACCACGUACGUCAGUCAGUCAGGUCAAGUGGUGUAUGAUGCACGAUCCAUCUGCAUUCAUUAUGGAACCACAUGGUUUAUUGUGGAUCUAAUUGCUGCAUUGCCAUUUGAUCUUCUUUAUGCCUUUAACAUCACUGUGACCUCUCUGGUUCACUUGUUGAAGACUGUGCGUCUGUUGCGGUUGCUGCGUUUAUUACAAAAGCUUGACCGGUACUCCCAAUACAGUGCUAUGGUCCUCACACUUCUCAUGUCAAUGUUUGCACUGCUCGCUCACUGGAUGGCCUGCAUUUGGUAUGUGAUUGGCAGGAGGGAGAUGGAAAUGAAUGAUCCACACACAUGGGACAUUGGUUGGUUAAAUGAGCUUGGAAAACGGUUAGAGAUGCCAUACACAAACAACUCAAUUGGUGGUCCAUCUGUCAGAAGUGCCUAUAUUGCUGCCCUCUACUUCACCCUGAGCAGCUUAACCAGCGUCGGCUUUGGAAAUGUUUCAGCAAAUACAGAUGCAGAGAAGAUAUUUUCAAUCUGCACAAUGCUUAUAGGAGCUCUAAUGCAUGCCGUUGUUUUUGGGAAUGUUACUGCCAUCAUCCAGCGCAUGUACUCAAGGCGCUCCCUCUAUCACACCCGAAUGAAGGACCUGAAAGACUUUAUUCGAGUUCACCACCUUCCUCGACAGCUCAAACAGCGAAUGCUGGAGUAUUUCCAGACGACGUGGUCAGUGAAUAAUGGGAUUGAUGCCAACGAGCUUUUACGAGAUUUCCCGGAUGAGCUACGCGCAGACAUUGCUAUGCAUCUGAACAAGGAGAUUCUGCAGUUACCCCUGUUUGUAUCGGCCAGUCGUGGGUGCCUGAGAUCAUUGUCUCUCCACAUCAAAACAUCUUUCUGUGCCCCAGGAGAGUACCUCAUCAGACAGGGUGAUGCCUUGCAAGCAAAUUACUUCGUGUGUUCAGGUUCAAUGGAAGUUCUCAAAGACAACAUGGUACUGGCCAUUCUUGGUAAAGGAGAUCUGAUCGGUGCAGACCUUUCAACCAAGGGCAAGGUGAUUAAAACCAAUGCAGAUGUUAAAGCAUUAACUUAUUGUGACCUGCAAUACAUUAGUUUGCGAGGCCUGAGUGAGGUAUUGCAACUUUAUCCUGAAUAUUCAAGCAAAUUCCUAGCUGACAUUCACCAUGACCUGACCUUCAACCUUGAAGAAGGGCGUGAAGCAUUGGGAUUCUCAAAGUUCGCUAAAUCCCCCAGACUUUCCCAGAACCACUUGGAGAGUGGUGACAAUUCCAACAAGAAGCUUCCCUCCAUUUUGGAAACUGAGGAUGAACCAGGUGAAUAUUCUCAUCUCUCACCAGCAACAAAGACCCGGAGGAAGCUCACCUUGCCCGGUUUGAACAGCCCAAUCCGGCGAGGGUCGCUCGGGAGCCUGCUUGGAGAUGACCUUAAGCAUUACUCAACGAUAAGACUUGGCAGUCGUUCACCAGCUAAGUGCAGGAGGGGUGGAAGCCCCCAAUAUAAGAAGGAAGAGACUGCAUCCAGUAAUGGAAAUGGUAAUGCACGAAAACCAUCAAAACUACUUCUACCAUCCCUAAACUGCUGUGGACCUCCUGAUUUAAGUCCGAGAAUUGUUGAUGGGAUUGAAGACGAUGGCAAGACAUAUGAAACACCAACAUUUCACUUUAACGUGGAUCAGAAUUUUCAGAAGCUGACCAAAAUUUCUCCAAAGAAAGCUGCAUCUCAGGUGAACCCAGCUGAGGCACAAGAAAUAAAACGGAACAUCUGCAGACUUAACCAGGAGAUGAAUGAUCUGAAUCAGGAAGUAUCUCAGCUUGCCAAAGAGCUUCAUCAUAUGAUGCACCUUCUUCAAAGGCAAUUGGCUGCUCCACAGUACACCCCUACAAUGAACUGCUCCCCCUAUGUUGUCUCCAUGGUUUCAUCCUCAACUCCUUCUGUAAACAGCACUGGGGUUGAAUGGCAACCAAGAUGCUCAUAUGCUUUACAGCCAUCUGCUCUACAUGCACAGCCUGGCCCAAUCACUGGGACUCAGCACAGCCAAAACACAAGGACUCCCAGCUCCUGGAACUUCAGCAAUCCUUCAACUGCAGCAUGCUAUCCAGGGAGUUCUGUGAGGGCAACUGUAUCAUGCCAAAGGACAGCGGAUGUAGAACUUCACCAUCCAACGGUCAACUGUUUCCACACAGUCUCAAGUCCUGUGGCAUCAUUUCAUUAUCAAAUACCUCCAGGUGAUCAGGGGAAGAGCCCAGUGCAUCACUCAGACUUGAAUCGAGUUCCUACUCAAGCUGUAGCAGGCUCUCCAAAUGUUGCUCGGUCGGUCUCACGGAACAGUGGAUGCUCCAUUGCUGCUUCUCCUUCUGGGCGGCCUACGUUAGCAUCCCAGAAUCUCAACCUUUCAACGUCGCCAAGCCCUUGUCAUUCUCUCUGUCCAUCUAUAAGUGCCAGUACCUCUCCUCUGAUUACUGCGGGUGCGAAUCUAUCUGCUUUGCGAACUUCAAGCUCCGUGCAGCCUGUUCACAACUCUUCAAACUCUGUGCAUUCUGUUCAAAUCUCGCCAACCCCCAGCCCACUGAUUUCAAUCAUUCCUACACCUUAUCAGCCUGAGACCACCUCUCUAAACAUUUGUCAAUCCUUCUCAGUUAUUCCCAAUCCUAGCCACUCCAUAUUUAACUCACCAAGCUCUAAACAGUGUUUCCCAUUAUCUGCUGUUUCUGGCUUGAGUUCUAAGGAGGAUUUGAUGGAACUGAACUCUACAAGCACGGGCGAUGAACGUAUAUCUUGAGAUCAAGAAUUGAGUAUUGAUUAGAGGCCCAGAUAAUAGCUUGCAAAUAAGCCUUGUGGUUUGGAUUAAAUUUCCUUAUUUGUGUUCUACUUCUAACUAUUAAACAAAUGACACAUUUAGGGAAGUGAAUGCUAAAAUGAUUAUCUGGACUUAUGGAUUGCUUAGUUUCAGGAUUGACUUUCCGCAGUGCAAGUGCCAGUUUACAAUUUGUUGUGUGUUCAUCAUGGUCGGAUUUGAAAGCAAUGGAAUCCCAAUGCGAGGUGCUGCAUUUUAGGAAAGCAAAUCUUAGCAGGACUUAUACACUUAAUGGUAAGGUCCUA